AUGAUUAACCAAUACUAUGUUAAUACAUGUCAAGUAAUUUAUGACUCAACACAUGAUAAAUUGUCACUUAAUUUUUUAAUUCUAAAGUUUAUUGUCACAAAAUUGUGUUCAUUAAUACAACUAAAGAAAGAUGAAGUUGGCAUGGUUUUAUGUCUAAGUAGAGAGACAAAUUUUAUUUUUACUUGUCAUAGAAUAAAUAAUUCUUAUAACGUUGACCCCUCUUUUAAAAAUCCAUUAAUUCAUUACAAAAUGCAAAAAUUUCUCAUUCAUACUUUAAUUAUAUUUGAAUUGAAAUAA